UGAAAAUAUUAUUAUUAUAUUUAAAAAUAAUAAAAAGACACCCGCAACACAGUCAUUGGUCUUCGGUAUUAUGUUUUAAUUAGUGAUAAAAGUACAGUAAAAUAUAAUAGAAUGAGAUGGAUCGAUGGAAAUAUAAUAAUAAAAUAUAUAUUUUUUACUUUCAUAUACAUUUUAUUCUUAAUUUAAUAUUUUUUAAGAAGUAUAAAAUGUAUAAAUACAAAAUAGUGAUUUUUAUAUGCUAUAGAAGAUUUGUUCUAUAACACGCAUAUUAGUUAAGAUGAAGACAAAAUGAAUCGUUUUCGGGUCAUAUUUUUUUCCAUUUUAUUUUCAUUGUUAAUGUAAUAAAUUGAAUAAGUGGAUAACUUUUAUUUUGACUUCAUUCUUCUCCACUCCACACAACCUAUCACCAAUUCAAACGUAAAAUAGUAUUGAAGUAAUGAAAUUUUAUAAAGUUUUCAUGAAAGUUAUUUACAUAAAAAGCAUCUCAACAACUUAAAAGUUUUUUAUUUUUAUUUUUAAACUAAUAUUUUCGUUAAUUUUUCUUCUUUAAUAAUCAUUGAUUCAAAUCCUUUAUCUUUUAAUGAACAAAAGUUAGUUGUUAAUAUAAUUUUAACACAAAAUCAACCUUAUAUAAUAUUAUUAGAUUUUUUUUUUUCUGGCAAGCAGUGAUUAUUUUAUUAUUGGAGAUUUUGACCAGAUUGAAUCCAAACACAGUGUGACAAUUCAGUUUAACUGAAUUCAAUACUAUAUUUCUUUUUCGUGGAUUUUGUCUACAAUAAAUGCACUGAAGUUAGAACAUCUGAACUUAUAUAUACUACUUAGAAGUAGUACUAUCUAAAAAUGCUGGAUUAUCAAAAGUCUUAGAAUUUCAAGGUGCUAUAUAAUUUCUCUUGUCAUCAGUAACAAAUAGUAUACUAUUGAUAGUCUAUUUUUUACAGCAUUAAUCCAAACAAAAUUCGAUAUAUAUAGUUGUUUAACUUUUAUAGUACUAACUAUUUAAAGUAAUGUCUAAGUUGAUUUUUCAUCCGUAGAUGAUUCAUGUGAGAAUGCAUGUAAGUUAUUAUUAUUAUUAUUAUUAUUAUUAUUAUUAUUAUUAUUAUUAUUAUUAUUAUUAUUGUGAAGACAUAUAAAAAAUUGUGUGUAGUGCACCAAAAACGUUAGAUUUCUGUUUAAAUUACACUAACACAAAUAUGUUGAGCAUGGUUGAGAGAGAAAGGAGGAAAUCUGAAUGAGAAGAGACAUUCUGUUAAGGUGUGUUGGGUUGUGUGAGGGGCAGUGAAAAUGGCGCCAGUAUCAGCUCUUGCAAAGUACAAACUGGUGUUUUUGGGUGAUCAGUCUGUGGGAAAAACCAGUAUCAUCACACGUUUCAUGUACGACAAAUUUGACAACACUUAUCAGGCCACGAUUGGUAUUGAUUUUUUAUCAAAAACUAUGUAUCUUGAAGAUCGAACUGUUCGGCUGCAGCUGUGGGAUACAGCUGGUCAAGAAAGAUUUAGAAGUCUUAUUCCAAGCUACAUUAGGGACUCAUCUGUUGCUGUCAUUGCUUAUGAUGUUGCAAGCCGUCAGACUUUCCUAAACACAUCAAAGUGGAUUGAAGAGGUGCGCAGUGAGAGAGGCAAUGAUGUUAUUAUUGUACUUGUGGGGAACAAAACUGAUCUUGUGGAUAAGAGGCAAGUCUCUACAGAGGAAGGGGAAGCUAAGUCUCGUGAAUUAAAUGUGAUGUUUAUUGAAGCUAGUGCCAAAGCUGGCUUCAAUAUAAAGGCUCUCUUCAGAAAAAUUGCUGCUGCAUUGCCUGGAAUGGAAACACUAUCUUCCACAAAACAAGAUGACAUGGUUGACGUGAACCUGAGAUCUUCUGCUGGCCAUGACUCUCAACCUGAUUCAGGAGGAUGUGCUUGCUGAAUGUGCCUUAUCUUGAAUUUCUGUAACUUUUUUCUCUGUUCUACUUCUUUUGAAAUGUAAAGGUUCAUUUGUGUUUUAGGCUUUUUACUCCAUUUUAUAACAGAAACUACAGAUGGCUGA